CCAAUAUAGGCAACCCACAUUACCUAAUACUUUGACAUUUGUCAAAAAUUACUCAAAACUUCAUAAAAACUCAAAUAAUCACAGAAUUUGUUGGGAAUUAGCCUCAUAUUACGUGGAAAAUGGUUUUGACGAAGGAAUAUCGGAUAUGCAUGCCGAUGACGGUGGAGGAGUACCAAGUCGGGCAGUUGUACAUGAUUGCCAGGCAUAGUUUCGAGCAGUCUGGAGAUGGGGAAGGCGUGGAAGUUGUCGAUAAUAAGGAAUGUUUUGAUUCAAAGCAUGGUAAAGGGCAGUUCACUGAAAAGCGAAUACAUUUGUCUAGUCGUUUGCCGUAUUGGAUACAAGCCAUAAUACCUAAGAUGUUUUAUGUUACUGAAAAAGCAUGGAAUUAUUAUCCUUAUACUAUAACGGAGUAUACAUGUUCUUUUAUACCAAGAUUCAAUAUUAAAAUACAAACCAAGUAUGAAAAUAACAAUGGAAGCACUGAAAAUUGUUUAGACUUGACUCCAGAACAAUUAGCAGAAAGAAUUGUAGAACACAUUGAUAUUGCUUAUGAUGAAGUAUCAGCUAAACACUACAAAGAGGAAGAAGACCCUCGUUUUUACAAAUCCAAAAGAACCCAACGAGGGCCACUUGUUGAUGGUUGGCGAAGUAACUGCAACCCCAUAAUGUGUUCCUAUAAACUUGUACAUGCUUCAUUUGAGGUUUUUGGCUUGCAAACCAAAGUUGAGGAUUAUAUACACUCAUGUAUUCGGGAGGUGUUAUUGUUGGGCCACAGGCAAGCUUUCACUUGGAUUGAUGAAUGGGCUGAAAUGGAUUUGGAAGGUGUUCGUAAAUACGAGUUGGAUUUACAAAAACAAACAAAUAUGUUACUACAUAUGCAAGAAACUGCCCCGGCGUCACCAAAAAUAUCACCAGGGAUAUCCCUUGGUGAUUCUAAGACGCCAUCUAUUGAGGAGACUCCAAAAUCGCCCACAGACAAAAAAGGAUAUUUCUCCAAUUGGUUUUAACGUUAAAAUAAUUAAAUUUAUUAAAUGUUAUUUUUAUGUACAGAUCAAAUUUACAGGUUUAUUUUUGUAAUAGUAAUCUGAGUGCCUUUUUAUUUUUUUGAACACAAACUUUGUCAUUCCCUUAGAUUUUUUGGAUUAGUAUUAUUAUGUAUUGUGCAAUCUUAUAACAUUUAUGAAGGUUGUUUUUUCUAGUCUUUUUUAUUGCAUAGACUGCUUUUAAUGUUUUUGUUGGCUAAUAAACAUUGAAUAUUA